AUGUCCAUGACGCUUGAUGGAGAGUACAAGGCAGAUAGGGCGCUGGACGUCGAAGUCGAACAUGAACCUGUCAGAACCAGUACCCCUGCUGAUGAAGAGAAGUCGUAUCUCCGGGGACGGCGGUUGACAAGUCUCACUAUUGGACUUGCUAUUGCCGUAUUUCUCUCCUCGCUUGACGCAAUUAUCGUCAGUACCUCUCUGGCAGCCAUCGCGGAGGACAUGCAGGCUUUUGACAAGAGUAGCUGGGUUGUUUCCAGCUAUCUGACAACCUACUUCAGUUUCUUAAUAAUAUGGGCAAACUUUAGCGACCUGGUAGGACGCAAGGUUAUGCUCAUCACUGCACUCGUCAUCUUUCUUGGCUUCUCCGGUGGCUGCGGCGGGGCUCAAACUAUAUUGCAAUUAAUCAUCCUACGUGCGUUCCAAGGAGCCGGCGGCGCAGGCAUAUUCAGCAUGGUGCCCAUCAUUACAGCGGAAAUGGUGCAUCCCGACAAAUAUGCGGUGUACAACGCCAACAUGGCAUUUUCAAUCGCAUUGAGCUUUCUUCUCGGGCCGCUCAUAGGCGGUGCCCUCGUAGACCAUACGUCCUGGCGCUGGAUUUUCUACAUAAAUCUCCCCCCUGGUGCUGUCGGUAUCUUACUGGUAUGGCUUUCCAUGCCCGGUGCGUUUCCUGAUCUAUCGAUGCCUACCUCACUCUGGAAUCUCCCAAAGAAUGUCGACUUCCAUAGGAGGGUAGAUUACCCUGGUUUCGGGCUUCUUCUGGCUGCAUCCAUUUUCCUGAUUGUGGCUAUUGAAGAGGCGGCGGUGUUGUAUACGUGGGAUAAUGCCGUGGUAAUUGUGCUCCUUGUGCUGUCCUUUGUUCUGGUUUGCGCCUUUCUCACCUGGAUCUGGUUCCUUCACCGCAGCGACUCUUUCAGAGAGCCCGUCUUUCUCUGGGAAUUUGUCAAAAACAGGGUAUUUAUGGGAACGUGCCUGAUGACCCUCCUCUCUGGUGUUCCUUUGGUAACGCUCGUCCUUGAACUCCCUGGCCGCUUUCAGAUCCUCAACAACAACUCAGCCUUUGAUUCCGGCAUUCGCAUCUUACCACUGACAUUGACAAUCGCCAUAUCGUCAGCUUUGGCAGGAGGACUGACCGCUCGAGGCCGCGUACCCCCGUUGGUCGUGUUCUCCGCCGCCGCCGCAUUGCAAAUCGUCGGACUGGGCUUGCUGUACUCCGUUCCCACAGACUCACCACUGAGCGCAGCUCUAUACGGAUACCAGACCCUCAUUGGGACAGGCGUAGGCAUGAGUCUUGCAACUGCUAUAUUGACGGUCCCGUCGCUCGUUAGGGAGAACGGGAUGUUGCAAUUUCGAGUCCUCGGCGGCGCAGUCGGGCUAUCUGUUGCCACGAACUUGCUCAACAAUGCUGUUCAAGACCGACUCCAGGGCCAGAUUGGUCCUGAUGUGCUUCAUCGUAUCAUGGAAGAUAUUUCCUCCAUGGUAUCUCUCCCAGAUUCUACUCAGAUGUCUAUCAGGGAUGCCUUUGCGGAUGGCUAUCAGCGCCAGCUACUCAUGGUAUUGGGAUUUUGCGCUGCUGAGAUUUUGGCGUUGGGGAUGAUGUGGGAGAGGCCCAUGAAGAGAUAUCAAUUCUCUAAACAUGUCCACGAUGUCUGUUGUUGA